AUGGCGGCGUCUUGUGUUUCGGAUCAAAGGAGAGGCGUGCCCGUGGUAGCUCUGAGUUUGGGCAAGCCGAUGGCGCGCAUCGGCUUCGGCACAGCGUCGGCGACUCUGGGCCAGGCCGAGGGCCGCGCCGGCGUGACGGAGGCCGUCCUCAGCGCUCUCAGCGCCGGGUACCGCCACUUCGACACGGCCUCGGCGUACAACACGGAGGCCGCGCUCGGCGACGCCGUCAUCCAGGCCGUGCGUGACGGGACUGUCGCCUCCCGCGACGACCUCUACAUCACGUCGAAGCUCGCGGUCACCGACGCGCACCCCGGCCGUGUUCUGCCGGCGCUCCACAAGUCACUCCGGAAUCUGCAGAUGGAGUACGUGGACCUUUAUCUCAUUCACUUUCCGGUGAGCAUGCGGCCGCCGGUGGUGGAAGGAGGCCUGGCGGUAGUGAAGGAGGACCUGGUGGCCUUGGACAUGAAGGGUGUGUGGGAGGAGAUGGAGGAGUGCCAGAGACGAGGGCUGGCCAGGGCCAUCGGCGUCAGCAACUUCAGCUGCAAGAAGCUAGAAUACUUGCUAUCCUUUGCAAAGAUUCCCCCGGCUGCCAACCAGGUGGAGGUGCACCCACACUGUCGUCAGAACAAGCUAAGGGCAUUUUGCAGGGAGAAAGGAAUCCAGCUCUGCGCAUUCUCACCGCUUGGUGCCAAGGGCACGGCAUGGGCUAACAACUCCGUCAUGGAGUGCCCUGUGUGCAUUAGGUGGGUGUUUGAGCAGGGAGAUUGCGUCAUCGUAAAAAGCUUCAACGAUAAGAGGAUGCGAGAGAACCUCGACAUAUUCGGCUGGGAGCUCACGGAAGAAGACCGCCGCAAAAUUAGCGGCCUCCCAGAAUCGAGGGGAACCUUCGAUUUCUUCGUCCAUGAGUCCGGGCCAUUCAAAACCGCCGAAGAGUUUUGGGAUGGUGAAAUUGUUGCUGGCCAAUCCACUGACCAAAUUGCUGUCCGUUUGGAUCCGACCAGCUUACAGUAA